AUGGAGAUGAAUGGUACCGGCUCAUGGACGCCCUCGAGCUGGAAAACCCGCCCAAUCGUUCAAUCCGUCACAUACAAUGACGCCCACUCCUUCGAGACGUCGCUGCAGAAACUCAACAGACUCCCGCCUCUCGUCACGCCACGAGAGAUCGUCAAGCUGAAAGACGAACUCCGCGAAGUCGCCAGGGGUAAUGCCUUCCUCCUUCAAGGCGGCGACUGCGCCGAACUCUUCGACUACUGCACCCAGGACAUGAUCGAGGCCAAAGUCAAGCUCCUGCUCCAGAUGUCUUUGGUGUUGAUCUACGGCGCGAAGAAGAAGGUUGUCCGCGUGGCGCGCAUGGCCGGGCAAUACGCCAAACCACGCUCCUCGCCGAUGGAAGUCGUCAACGGCGUCUCCAUGCCCAGUUUCCGAGGCGACAUCCUAAACAGCUACGAAGCGGACCCGGCGCUUCGGGAACCAGACCCCAAGAGGCUGGUCGACGCAUACUUCCACUCGGCCGCGACGCAAAACUACCUCCGAGCCGCGCUGGCGAGUGGGCUGGCGGACCUGCACGCCCCACUGGACUGGAGUCUGGGACAUGUCCGCGACCCCUCCGUCCGGGACAACUACCAAGUCAUUGUCGAACGGAUUACGGACACGCUGGAGAUGAUGCGGACGAUCGGCCUCGACACAGGCGGCGGACUAGAGACAGUGGACCUGUUCACAUCCCACGAGGGCCUGCUCCUCGAGUACGAACAGGCACUGACGCGACAGUUCAAGCAUCCGUCGAAUCACCACCCGCCGCCUGAAAUUCCUCGACCCGUCUCACCAGUGGCACAGCAACCACAAAAGAACCACCGCAAGACAUCGCUUCCAACCCAGCUCCCCCCACCUCUACCCCCGACGAAAGGCUACUACGACACAUCCGCGCACAUGGUCUGGGUGGGCGACCGCACACGCCAGCUCACGCACGCCCACGUCGAAUUCUUCCGCGGCAUCGCCAACCCGAUCGGCGUCAAGGUCGGCCCCUCGAUGCCUCCCUCGGACCUCGUGCCUCUUCUGGACAUCCUCAACCCGGACCGUGAAGUCGGCAAAAUCGUCCUCAUCACGCGCUACGGGUGCGACAAGAUCGCCGCGCACCUGCCGGGACAUAUCCGCGCCGUGCAGAACUCACGGCACCAAGGCACCGUCGUGUGGCAGUGCGAUCCCAUGCACGGGAACGGCCGGAACGCCACGGUGACGAUGUCCCCCGGGGGUUCGACCAUCAAUGGCUCCCCCGCGACGGCAGGCUCCACGACGAUCAAGACCCGUCGGUUCAGCGACAUCCUGUCGGAACUGCGGCAGGCGCUGCAGAUCCAUCGCUCGCACGGCAGUUAUCUCGGCGGCAUGCAUCUGGAAUUGACGGGCGAGGCGGUCACGGAGUGUGUGGGCGGCGCGGAGGAGCUCACCGAACAGGAUCUCAGCCUGAAUUACGCGACGUUCUGCGAUCCGCGGUUGAACGAGAAGCAGGCUCUCGAGCUGGCUUUUCUGGUUGCGGGUUUCUACAGGGAUGCGAGUGGUGGGAAGUGA